AUGCCUGCAGGGAAACCUUCUGGUCUGAAGACUGCGCGCAAGCUCAGAGACCAUCGCCGGACUCAGAGAUGGUCAGAUAAAGCAUACAAAAAAGCUCAUAUUGGAACAAGGUGGAAAGCGAAUCCUUUCAAGGGUGCCUCACACGCAAAGGGUGUUGUACUUGAAAAGCUAAACAACCGAAUUCUGCCAUUCGUAAAUGUGUAA